GCAUGCGCAAUUCAGAAGACAACAGUGCAGUGACGUACCGCGUGUCAUUUCAUAUGCAGACACGACUCUUGUCUAUACGUAAUUUUGUAAACAAAAUGCAGUAAAAUAUCUGUGGUAUAUCUCGAUGAACAAUUUCUAUCGUUUUUAACUGCGAUAAUCAACAUGUGGAAGUGUCACAAAUGUGGAAAACCUGUCUACUUCGCCGAGCGGAAACAAUCGUUGGGUUAUGACUGGCAUCCAGAAUGUUUACGGUGCGAGGAAUGUGGCAAACGAUUAAAUCCGGGACAGCACGCUGAGCAUAAAGGAGUUCCUUACUGUCAUGUACCCUGUUACGGGGCCCUCUUUGGGCCUCAAUUAUUCGGACAUGGCACAAGAGUAGAAUCUCACACUAGCUUUGGAAAGAAAGAAUCUCGAUCAACGUUACCCAGGUCUCAUUUAGAAUCAAAGUUGAAGUUGUUCAAUCAGUAUUAUGAGGGUAAAAGUGGUGGGAUCAGAAGUCGUGAGGUGAAUGGCAGGUUGAUACUUGAAGGUGCACUGAGAAUUCAUUGGGGAGUUCGAGGUGUUAUCCACCUUAAAGAAGAUGAUGAUCAGCGCACAGUUGUCACCGCAAGAAAUCGAAAUUCUUGUAGACAGAGUGUUUCGGAGGACGGAGGAGACGACGACCAAGUAGAUGCCACGUCAAAGGAUAGCUCCCCACCUGAGACUGAAACUGAAAGUGAACCAAACUCUGUUCCAGUAUCCCCCGAUCACCCGAAAAGUCUUACCCUUCCGAUGAAACUCGACGUCAAAAAUAUGGAGUGGGAUGAACUAGAUGAACUUCUUCAGGUUGAGAGAAAAGUAGAGGAGGGUAACAAGCUGUAUCAAACUAUGCCAGUUGGCUUGCCAUCAAUUAGCUCUCAGUCCAGUGCAGAAUCAUCUCAGGUAAAAGUUCACUCGACUACUGAAGGACACGUAGAAAAUGUUGAAUCGAGUAAUCUGUCUCAACAAGCUGUGAAACAUGUCGUCGACAAUGACAGCAGUAUAACCAGCACACCCACGCAUAGUAUAGACAGUUCGUCGAGUACCGACACACCAAACUAUCAAGGAACACCAAACAGAAAUGGGACUCUUCGUCGUGUCGAGUACUUUGAUAGUUUAGAGAAGAAUAUGGGUGCCAGUAACAGAACUCUAAGCAAUGAUGAUAGCUGGAUUGAAAAGGGUUUGAAUCGUUCGAUGUCCGGUCCUGAUUGCCUGCAGAGACAUCGCACGGACAGUGAUACCGAUUCGGUGAAUUCUCUCCAUUUUCGCGACGACGAUAACAUGACUAUGUCGACCGACAGUGGAUUAGAACUGGAUGGAGUUGUUUUGCGGCGUAAACCGGGAUCGACUGCCAUAAGACGUCGACCAGGUGGAAGACGUCAAUCACGUAGUCGGUUAAGGAGGCGAUGUUCGAUCAAUGGUCACUUCUACAAUCGAGAAACUAGUUUUUUUACGCCACCGCAUGGAUCACAAAUGUCUGUCUGGGUGACAAGCUUGGUUAGCACUCAAGAGGUCAUAAAUUUGAUGCUCGACAAGUACAAAGUGGACGCUAAGCCGGCCAAUUUUGCACUAUUUGUCGUUCGUGACAACGGUGAACAGCGAAGAUUGAGGGACGACGAAUAUCCGCUGGAAACGAGGGUGGUACUGGGUCCUCAUGAGACCGUCGCUCGGCUCUUUCUUGUCGAUCGGUUCUCAACUCCGGAAAUUAGUUCCGACGUCGCGCAGUUCUUGAAUCUCUCCGCGGCUGAGUGUUCGGGCAUUUUACAGCGGUAUCAUUAUGAAGAGGACCGUCAAAUAGCUCUCCUCAAAGAAAAAUACAAAGAAAUGAGACGGAGAAUAAUGCAACGAAUGGACGAGCUAAAAGUUCGACUGUAAUGAGAUCUGAAACAUGCUAAGUAUUGCAAUGAUCAAAUUACUCAAUUAAAGAUAAAUUUAUAUAAAUAGUUUGUAGGUUCCUUUGAUUUAAUGAGGGAUUAUACCUUGGGCAUAAGCCAUGUUGGUUGCCUUGUGCCCAUGUUUC